GCGGCGGCGGCGGCGGCGGCGGCGGCAGCUGCAAGUUGAGCUGCAGGGGCAGCGCAUACACUACAAUGGCUGCUGGAAAGAGGCGUAAGGAAACAAUUUCCAGGCCCGCCGCGUCCAGCCCGAAAUAUGAGAAAAAAAUUAUUAGAAAUUCCGCGGGCGGUGUAAAGGCGGCGGACGGGCCGGAGGGAGGAUGUUAAAGCCCCGCGGUUGCCUCUCAUGCUGCCUUGGUGGGAUUGGGCACCCAGAAUGCUUCAUUCUGUGAUGGUCUAUUAAUAAGGUGACCUUGCUAGAGUUUGGAACAGGGCCUCAGUUACUUUACUGUCAUUUAUGGGAACAGCAGUGAGUAAAACUGGCCUGACCCUGCCCUGAGCUGCCUACAGUUGAUUGUUCAUUCUCUGAAGGUCUUUUUUGUUUGUUUGAUUGGUUUUUGCAUUUGUUUUCUCUUUAUAAUUUUAAAUUUUUUGACAGUUUAUAAUGUAUGUAUAGAAUGCAUUUUGAUCAUACUCACUCAGUUACCCUUUCUUAAGUUUUUGUAAUUGCAAGAUAGUUUUUAUCCUUCACUACAAGGGACUCUAUAGACUGAGAGUUGACUGAUAAGAAUUUCCAAGCUAUAAAGGAUUAAUGACGUUUUAAAGCAAUGCUCCAAAUACAGUGGUAUACCUCCUUCAAAUUUGUAUUCAGUUAUGUAGGCUAGUUCAUCUCCUUCUUAUUCAAGGUUUUAUUAGUGUUGCAUACAUAUGAAGUAUUAUCACUGCUGAGUUUCCUUCUGUGAUCUACCCUAUUCGUUCUCUAUGGAAAAUGUGUUAAGCACAUGUUGACAUCUUUCUGCAUUGUGAACUAAUGGUUUGUUAUGAUUAGUGUAAGUGAGAGCACAGCUUUGGUGACUAAUAGCAUCCGCUCUUAGCAAAAUCUGUUUAACUUUAAAAUGAAAAACUGUUACUGCAGGUAAGUGUCGCUCAAGCUUCGUAACUGUUAACAGCAACUCUCAGGGUUCAACACCUAAUAGAAAUCAAUUUCAGUAAACCCUCUGAUGUGCAAUUUGUUUGCCCAUUAUUUCUUCAUGAGUCACUAUUUCCUAAGAAUAAAAUAAAACAUAAGAAGAUGAACCUUUGUGCUCAAGCAUGUAUCUUUCCCCUAACUACUACUGUUGAAUGCAGAAUUGCCUUUGGAGGAGGGGGUAGAGGAGGUGUGUCUGCUUGGGUAUCAUCCAAAGCGGGAUUGUGUUCUGAAAUGGUUCACUGUAGGGCAGUGCAGCAGAAUAGCAUGUAUUCUCCACCUCCUUUUGCAAUUCCUCAGACAAAGGCAAAACGGAACCCAUCACUUCAAAUAAUGUAACCAGUCUUUGAUAAAUUUUUUAACUAGAAAAAAAGAAAACCAUGAAUGUAAGUUUUCUGGUUACAGACUUUUAAAGCAGUAAUAAUACUGCUUUUACCCCCCCCCUACCCGGGCCUGUAAAAGAGAACAGAUAAGUUUAGUUAACAUUUUAGUUAGGGAUACAUAAAUAUAAGCUGUAUUUAUUUUUUUAUGUUUAUUCUGUCAGUCCAAGUAUAAUCAACUCCUGAUUUCCUUCUGUUUGGGGAAAUAGUGAACAGUUCUUUGAAAUUAUUUGGCAACUAAUAAAAAUUCAAAGUAGGGUAGAAUUUAGAGAUAUUAACCACAAUUUAGAAAUUAAUUUUAAGAUAAGCUAAAUUAACAUGGUGGCUUUAUUUAUAGUUUUAUUUCUGCAUGUAAGAUGUACAGUGGGAUAAUUUGGAGACUGUUUGAGAUACUUAACUACUAUAGCAUUUCUGUUAUAAAAUGCUACUCUGAUUAACCAUAGCUAGAACUUUAUGAGCAUGUUUAGAAGGCAGUAAAAUUUAUAACAAAAAAUGCACAAAUUUAUUAUUCGCUAGUAUAACUUUGGUUUUAGAUUCAAUUCUAGUCAAAUUAUGCACUCAGAAUUGCUAAUUAUUUUAAUGAUUAAUGAAUUAUUUUUAAAAUUACCUUGUAACUUUUUUCUUAAUUCUUGCUUCCUUUUGGAGAUUUUCUUUAGCAGUUCUCAUAGAAAAAAAGAUAGCACUGACCCUUCUUCUGAACUCUGAAGGGUACUGACAGGAUUUAUCCACAUGCAAGUUGCCUUGCUAACCUGCCCUAUCAUAGAUCACAGUAGAAUAUGAAUGAAAUAGCAGUUUGGGGACAUAAAUCCUGUCUUGUCCACACAGACACCUUCACAUAGCUCAGGAGCAGUGGUGAUACAUGCAACCAUUUCGGGUCAUUGACUGCAGGGACAGGAUAAAGAUCAGAAUACUCUAUUUAUAAAGUAUAUUGUUCAGAUAUAGUAUGUAAAAUGAUCUUUUAUUUGCAUAAUUAUUCACCACAUAUUCAAUGUGUGUCCUGGGCAAGUAAGUAUUGACAAAACUAAGUUUGCAAUGUUGACGUUCUUCCGGUUGUGCAUGUCCUGUGCUUUAUGACAGUGGGGCUUUUGCUUGAACGUUUAAAGAUACAUUUAUUUAUCUACAAUAAUACUGGUUUCUUAUACCCUUAGUAAUUUUGUAAUGAUGCUUGAAUGUCCUCCAUUAAAUAAUUUCUUUGUAUAUCAUCUUUGCAUAUCAUCAAAUUCUGAAAGUGUGCGAGAAUUUUAUUUUAAGAAAUAUCAGUAGAUUGUUAUACAACAUUAAAAGUUUUUUAUCCUAACCUGCCAUUGACAUAUCCUUUUGUUACUGAUUUUUAUUAUAUCUCUCAAGUUCUUCUAAUUAAUACUUCUGAGUACUUAAUUAAAAAUAAUCACAGCUUACUAAUCACUGUUUGCCUUAUAUUCUUUGUAAUAAUUAUAGGUCCUUUUUACUUUAUACUACUGUUAUUCUUGCCUUUUCUUUCAUUCAUAAAUAUUAACACAGUUUGUAUUUAUGUUGUCAGUCUGCUAAAGACCUUGCUACUAAUAGACAUCUUUAAGUUAUCCUAAGGUUUUUCAACAAUGGUCUCAUGCAACAAAUACACCUUUUCCCCCAAUACCUGCCUCCUGUAGCAAACCUAUAUUUAACUUCCCUCCUGUCUACCUGGAAUCUGAACAGCAGAGUGGUUUCUACAUUCCAGUCAUCCUUACACCAUUCUUUAGUUUAAAUUGGCACUUCUGCAAGUAGCGCAGUCACAAGCAUGGGCAGUGUGGGUGGCAGUGCUAAGAUCAGGUUUCCAGAGGCUCUCUCCUGCAGAAAAGCGAGUUUGUGUCUUCCAUUAUAUUAAGGUUAAUGAAUCAUCACCAAUUUCAUUUAGUCAGUAACUCUAAUAGCCAUUUCUCUUGGUUAGUUUUCUUUUUUAUUAACAAGUGGGGAAUCAUUCAGCAUCAGAAAUUGGCACUAUUUCUAGGUAAUACUAUUUUUCUUUUUAUUUGUGCAUCUAUUUGGUCAUGUAAAGUGUGCUUACAACUAAUCAAAAAAAGCAGUUGGUGGGAAUUAAUGCACGACUCAUCAACAGCAUGCGCUAUGAGAUUGCCGCUCGUUUAUGCUUUAUUUUCUGUCAUUUACGCUCUAGUUUCACUUAUACUAUAAUCCAUUCUGUUUUUUACUUCUUCAUAGAUUGGCCAAAAUGGGAAGGGCUGGAUUCUGCUCUCUUCCACGAAGAGUUAAUGGAACUGGUUAAGAUCAAAGUCUGAGACUUUUUCCAUCUUUAAUCAGUCCCUUUUUGCUUUCUUUUACGACCACAUGAAACUUGAGAAGCCACCUAAAGCUAUAUCACUUAGUGGAGUUGGGCAGUUCCCAGGUGUCCAACAAGAAGGCCUGGUUUAGGCUGCGAUGGCCACUGUCAUUCCUGGUGAUUUGUCAGAAGUAAGAGAUACCCAGAAAGCCCCUUCAGGGAAACGUAAGCGUGGUGAAACCAAACCAAGAAAAAACUUCCCUUGCCAACUGUGUGACAAGGCCUUUAACAGUGUUGAGAAAUUAAAGGUUCACUCCUACUCUCACACAGGAGAGAGGCCCUACAAGUGCACACAACAAGACUGCACCAAGGCCUUUGUUUCUAAGUACAAAUUACAAAGGCACAUGGCUACUCACUCUCCUGAGAAAACCCACAAGUGUAAUUAUUGUGAGAAAAUGUUUCACCGGAAAGACCAUUUGAAGAAUCACCUGCAUACACACGACCCUAACAAAGAGACCUUUAAAUGCGAAGAGUGUGGCAAGAGCUACAACACCAAGCUUGGCUUUAAGCGACAUUUGGCCUUGCAUGCUGCAACCAGUGGUGAUCUCACCUGCAAGGUGUGUUUGCAGACUUUUGAAAGCACAGGUGUGCUCUUGGAGCAUCUGAAAUCUCAUGCAGGCAAGUCAUCUGGGGGCGUGAAGGAGAAAAAGCACCAGUGUGAGCACUGCGAGCGCAGGUUCUACACCCGGAAGGAUGUCCGGAGACACAUGGUGGUGCACACAGGAAGAAAGGACUUCCUCUGUCAGUACUGUGCACAGAGAUUUGGACGAAAGGAUCACCUCACUCGACAUAUGAAGAAGAGUCACAAUCAAGAGCUUCUGAAGGUCAAAACUGAACCAGUAGAUUUUCUGGACCCAUUUACCUGUAACAUGUCUGUGCCUAUAAAGGAUGAGCUCCUGCCGGUGAUGUCCUUACCUUCCAGUGAACUCUUGUCAAAGCCAUUCACAAACACGUUGCAGUUAAACCUCUACAACACUCCAUUUCAGUCCAUGCCGAGCUCUGGGUCUGCUCACCAAAUGAUCACAACUUUACCUUUGGGCGUGACAUGCCCCAUAGAUAUGGAUGCUGUCCACCCCUCUCACCAUCUUGCUUUCAAAUGCCCAUUCAGUUCUACCUCAUAUGCAAUCUCUAUUCCUGAAAAAGAACAGCCAUUAAAGGGGGAAAUUGAGAGUUAUCUGAUGGAAUUACAAGGUGGUGCACCCUCUUCAUCCCAGGAUUCUCAAGCAUCAUCAUCUAAGUUAGGGUUAGAUCCUCAAAGUGGGUCCCUAGAUGAUGGUGUGGGUGACCUCUCCCUGUCAAAGAGCUCUAUUUCUAUCAAUGACCCCCUCAACACACCAGCAUUGGAUUUUUCUCAGUUGUUCAAUUUCAUACCAUUAAAUGGUCCUCCUUAUAAUCCCCUUUCAGUGGGGAGCCUUGGGAUGAGCUACUCCCAAGAUGAAGCACAUUCUUCUGUUUCCCAGCUGCCCACACAAACACAGGAUCUCCAGGAUCCUGCGAAUACUGUGGGCCUCAGUUCUCUGCAUUCACUCUCAGCAGCUUUCACCAGUAGCCUAAGCACAAGCACCACCCUGCCCCGUUUCCACCAGGCAUUUCAGUAGGGUCUGGGCCACGGGUCUGAUAGGGAGGUGCGUGUGUAGCCCCACCUUCAAUGACCAUUUGUAUUUUAGUGCCUACUUUAAGACAAUACAAAAACUUCUGCUUUUGUAUAAUACCAGGUUUCAUGAAGCCAGUAAAUAAUAGGAAUUAGCCUCUUCAAUAAGCUUUGAAACCAUUCAUUUUUAUUUACAUUUGCUGUUUCUCUGAUUUACUGCCAGUUGUAAUAGUCUCAGAAUUUUAUUUCAUAUAGAAGCGCCAUUAUUAUCUCUAAAUUCUAAAAGUCCUGUGUUCAAAUUGCUAUUAGACCUUAAAAUUUUCAUUUGUGUCUAAUAGCAAUGGGCAUUGGAUAUUUGGCUCAUUUUUUUUCAAAUAUGCAGUACAAUGGAAAUCUUAUGAAAUGUGUGUGAAUAACUGAAGUGUUUUACAUUUUUUACUAGCCACUAAAUGGAUUCAUGAUCAAGUGUUUUAAAUGAAUUAAGAAUCCAGUUUGGGGAGAUUAUAGUGGUUUCUUAAAUAUACCAUCAUUUCAGAUCAAUAUAUUUUGAAGACUGCUAUUGUCUGGCUAAAAUAUUAUGAGCAUAUGGCAAAAAGAGAGAGAGAGAGAGUUUCAGUUUCUAAAAGAAACCUAGAGAGGUCACAGGGUGUUCUGUGUUAGCACUGGCCCUUAGGCUGUUUUGCCACAUUACAACCAUGUAUACUUUAUGGUUAACAGUGUGUGAUAUCAGCCUUCAGGAUCGGUAUAGAAAUGCUCUGUUUCACAUCGUUCACCUUUUGUACCCAGGAUGGGUUCAGCAUACCAGCGUUCUUAUGUUGCAUGUUGGCCCAUAGGUAGUCCAGAGUCUUAGAGCCAUUGGGACAGUAGUAAAUAUGUGAAACCCAGAGUAGGCUGCCUCAGUUGCCAGGGUGAUAGACUCCUCAACAGGAAGAUGGAUGUAAAACAUACAGCCAAACCUCAGAACUUGUCUAGAGAGUUCCCACUAUUGCCGGAACUGAAACUGGCCUCUGGGGGCAAACUAAAAGCCUGUCCCACCUCGUCUAAAACAGCAGUCUUGUCCCUGUGCUCUCCUUCUCAGUGCCCAUCCACCUUUUCCUGCUGUGUUUGGGUGGAGAACUUAAACACAUUAAAAGGCUACUUGAGGAGUUUCCACAAAGUUUUAAACAACCCCAAACAGUUAAAAAAAAAACUUUAUACAUCUUAGGAAAUGGGAGGAAUGUUACAAAUAAGUUGAAUUUGUAGAGGAAACAAAGGAAAAUAAAGCAAGCACCAAAUGAGUGUGAAAGCACCAAGGGUGCGGUGCUCACUGACAUGGCAGUGAUGGGCUUCCUCACGCCAGCCGGGGCGCUGAUCAAAGGUUCUGUAUAAAUUUUCCUAAGGAUUACUUGUGGCAUCAUCCUACAAGAUGGAUCUGUUAAGCACUUGUUUCAGGCCCCCUUCUGCUGGGGCAGGGGUAGGGGAAAAUUUACUGAAGAGUAUGUAUCUCUUUAAAAAAAAAAAAAAAGAAAGAAGAAGAAAACACUUCUGAAUUUCUGAGCACUCAUUAGCCCUGUAUGGGGAAACUCAUUCCCUUUCUUGGGGCCAACUAUCAUUGCAGAUUUGUUGUUUACCAAUAAUUCUAAACAUGAGUAUAGAUUACCGAAUAUUAUGCAUUAUUUAAAAUACCUGGGAGUAGUAUAAAUUGAGAAGUGUAAAAUGUCAUGUGAAUGGGGCUUUGCUAUAUGUUACACACAUGUCUAGCGCACUUCAUAGAAUCAGAGUUACUCUCUGGAGGGCUCUGGCUCCUGGCUUUAACCCUGGAGCAAUAGUUUUUAUACUUAUGUAUUUAAAUUUUAUUAUGAAAAAUUACAUUUUAUUAAAAAAGUGUUCCAAAGGCAUUAAAAUGAUAUAUGUUAAUAAGGAAUACAUGUCUAACUCUUCAAGCUGCUCCUGAGCUGUGGUUGGGAGCACACUCACUCUCCAAGUGGGCUCUUCACUCUGCUUAAGACUGCUUCCUUAGUUUCUAUGAAACAGAUCACUUACCUAAAGCUCUAGUUGAAUGAUUAGUGUUCAAUAUUGCUUUAAUCACUGUUUAGAAAGGAAAAGAAACUUGGUGACAGAGCACAAAUAAAUAGAAAACCUAUUUUUAUGUAGAGGUUGGUCACAAAUAUCACAUAUGAAAGCACUAGUUUAUCCUAUCUGAAAUUUGCUAAGAAGUCACAUUAAAUGACCUGAGACAUUGGCCUUCAUAGGCUGUAUUUCACUGCUAAUUGAAAAAAAAGGGAGUACCAGGAUAUAUGAAAUAAAGAAUUUUGAAAUGGGAAUGGCGCCAUAUAUGUAUAUAUAUAAAUAUAUUUUUAUCCUAAUUCUUGCCCUGCACAGAACUCUAAUACACAUCUUCCAGGGUACCAGUGUUAAAACAUAGAGUCUUAAUUUUCUUCGUAUGUUCACCUCUUUGCCUAUUGCUGCCCCCACAGACUUGAAUAACACUUCAAAGUAAGAGGGAAUUCAGCAAGUUGGGUUGGGUUUGUUUGUUUGUUUGUUUGUUUGUUUUUUUAAUUGACUGCAGUGGUCACUAAACCCUUUCUUGAUAGAUUUUCUAUUAAUGAUCAGGCAGCUUUUAAUUUAAUUGCACAAUGUUUUAACAAGGAUGUAACACAGAAUUGGCUUUUUCCCCCUAGAAAAUACUGUCACUUGUUUUUAUGUGAUGUAGGGAUGAUUAGGAGUAGUUCUUGCCAAUGCUGUUUUCAUUCACCAGCAGUCAGAGUCAUCAUCCUUGGAGUUUCUGCUAGUGCCUUAGAUUGGCUGGAAGAAAAGGGAUUAACAUUAACUAAAAUAGUGUAGUGUAAAAUCUGGACCUCAGAAAGAUGCCGAGCCUCAGUCAAUUUGACUUGCACGUGUAUGUGCAGACUGCGUCAGCAGCUGCAGGAGCAUGAGAGCGGAAGGACCGAGGCUCUGUAAGCAAUAUAAUCCAUUGAUAUUUACCAAUACCACCUUUGUAGCUAUUGGUCACUGUUAAGCUUUCAUUUAAAAUCUUAUCACCUAGUUCAGUUUUCUAGAAGUUAAGUUGUCUUGGUGGAUCUGGUGGUUCCUGCACCAUUCUGUAUGCCACCUUUUUCAUUUCUGUCGGCGUUUCUUUCAAGCUGUGUGUUUUUGCCUAUUUGUUGCUUGUGCUUUAUUUUUCUAGUCCUUUGUGGAAUAUAGUGAUAUAUUGUGUUAAUUUGGACAGUGACGGUUUUUUAAAACCAUAUACUGACUGAAACAUGAGCCAGAGCUGAUUGCUUUAUUAAUGAAUGUUAUAGAGUACGUAUUUCAGGAUCUUUCAUCUAGUGAGCAGUACACACAUAGGCCAAUUCAAAAAAUAGAGCUUGCUCAACCUCUAUACUUCACGUACUACAAGAUAUAGCACUUUCAAAAUGAACCUAAACUUCUACAGAAACUUUCUUAUAGGUUAUGCCUUUUAUUUUAAGACUUAUUAUAUUCGUUUCAAGUGCCAUUAGGUGAUAUAUAUAGGCCUUUGAUAUAUAAUGCUUUGUGUACAAAAAAAUGGUAGAUGGUAUUUUAAACAGGUACAUUUUUACAGUGUUUUCUUAUCGAUUUGCUAAAUUGCACAGAAUCAGUGUGUGUCUUUUCAUAUGGUUUUACAAUGGUUUAUAUUUUUUACAAGGUUUACGUAUCUCAAAGCACACUGUCUUCCCAGUCCAUAAGUAAGUUAAAAGAUACCAGUUCACCCAAGUUACUUCUAGCCUACUGAGAUCCAUGUGACAUUGGAGGAAAUCUUUUCAAUGUUGAUAUUCAUCCUUAGUGAAGGCAGACUGGUUUUUCUGACUAAUGAAUCCCUCAGUGAAUCUGUCUUGUUUUACUCACACUGUCAGCAUCCAGGUCUAUGACACCUUAUAUCUUGAUUCUGUAGUCUGUCUACAUAAAUGCCUAAGUUGUAUUGUACUUACAGAGUGCUCCUUUGAAAUUAUAUGCAAGAUAUUUCUACCAGCCUUAGUAACAGCACCCAGAUCACCAGUAUGCCUUUAUCCAAUGUUAGCAGCCCCUGGGAAUGGAAGGCAGUAUCUUUGGAUAGGUUAUCUAGCUCUGCAGAUGAUACAGAAAUAUUGCUGAUGUGUAAGACACUUCUUUGUAUAAGCUUCAGUGGUACAGACGAACCAGAAUGAAUGUCUAUCUUCUCAGAAACCCUCCUUCAACAUUAUAUGGGAUCAUGCUGCUACUGUCACUUGGGAUACAACUCUUCAUGGUGCUACAAACUUCUGUCUCAUUCAGUUGUAUUUUUUUAUCCAUAGGAAAAGGACUACAUAGGUGUAAAGGUGUACAAUAUAUUUUUAUACUGUGACUUAAUUUGUCAUUAACAAACUUUUACACCACCACAAUGUAUUCAUGUGCGCUUGCAAAGGAGAUCUUGGAUGUGCAAAUGUUACCAGAACAAACCCAGCUUUUGUCCACAAGGUGACUGUAACUCAGAAUGGAAAGUGGGCUUGACACAGGGUGUGGAGUGAAGAACAUGCUGUAGGUUACUAACAGCCCUUUGAAUUUUAACAAAAACUGGGAAUCCAUUAGAAAAUGGAUUGCAUCAUGCCUGAACAUAAGCUGACUGCUGAAAUUGUAUUUUUAGCUAAUGAAAAAGUGUUUGGACUAGUACUCUAAACAUAUUCUAAAGGUAAAGUUUUGAGUCAAAUAGAAAUGAAAAAUCUGCAUUCCAGACUGAAUUUUGUAUAUUUUUAUUGCAUUUUAAAUUGCUAUUCUGUGAUAUUGGAAAAUCAAGUGGCUUAUCAUGUAUAUCAUGUACUUAAAAUGUAUUCACAAACUACUGUUGUAUUUGUAUAAAAUAUAGACAAAGGUCA